AUCUGUAGCUUAAUGUUACAUCAUCGUCACCACACAUUAGUAUCAGUUAAUUGUAAUAUUUUUUCAAUUGAAAUUCUGCCUGUUUAUUGCUGCGUUUGGCAAAGCCACACCGAUAUGACUGAACGAAAACAAUUCAGUCGUGCUUCGUUCGUUGCCGGGACUAGUGCGCGAGUGUCCUAUGAAAUCAGUUGUUCUACAACAGAUUAACAAGCGCGCGUUACAGAAUGAUUUUUGUUCUCUUAACUCUUGUGUUUAUACUCUUAGCUACAUACAUCCUUAGCACUGUAUCUAAGCCCAAAAACUUCCCUCCAGGUCCAAGUUGGUAUCCUUUUAUAGGGUGCAGUGCCAUCGUACAAAAUGUGAGCCAAAAAUAUGGUUCCCAAUGGAAAGGGUUAUCACAAUUAGCAAAAGAACAUUCAACGCAAGUACUUGGCUUAAAAUUAGGCUCCGAACUAGUUGUAGUAGUUUAUGGUGAGAAGAAUUUGAGACAAGUAUUUACUGGUCUGGAAUUUGAAGGGCGACCAAAUAGUUUUUUUAUUAGGUUACGAUGCUUGGGAAAAAGAUUAGGAAUCACAUUCACCGAUGGAGCUAUAUGGAAGGAACAUCGCCACUUUACUGUGAAGCAUUUGAGGAAUGUGGGCUUUGGUAAAACUGCAAUGGAAAAAGAGAUACAGAUUGAAUUAUUAAACAUUUUACAGUAUAUUAAGAACAAUACAAAAUCUUUAAGUCCCAAAAAAGUUUUAGCUGCAGCAGUAUUGAAUGUAUUGUGGAAGUAUGUUGCAGGUGAAAGGAUAGAGGAAGAUCGACUAAUGUUUUUGCUGGAUUUACUGAAUGCUCGGUCAAAGGCUUUUUCGAUGGCCGGAGGAUGGUUGAAUCUCUACCCAUGGUCACGGUUUAUCUUUCCAAAAUUAAGCGGAUACUCAUUAAUAGUUAAAAUGAACGAGCAAAUUUCUGAAAUUAUUGACGAAGCUAUCAAGAAACAUAAAAGUAAAGCAGUCGAAGGGAACGACUUCAUGUAUUAUUUUUUGGAUGAAAUCAAUGAACACAAAAGUACAUUCACGGAAGAACAACUGAAAACUGUGUGUUUAGAUCUACUUAUUGCCGGUUCUCAAACUACCAGUAAUGUGUUGGAAUUUGCUUUCCUAACGGUUCUGCGAAAUAAAUUAAUACAACAAAAAGUUUUCGAUGAAAUAAAUGAAGUCUUAGGCGAUGAUAUGCCGUGUUGGAGUGAUACUAGCAGGCUCAUUUACACAUAUGCGUUCCUUUUGGAAGUGCAAAGGUAUUAUACAAUCGUUCCCUUAGCGGGACCCAGAAGAGCGCUAGACGUCACGAGUAUAGAUGGAUAUUCGAUACCUAAAAAUACAACUAUUCUUAUGGCUGUUGGCGAUUUACAUUUUGAUCCGGAGUUAUGGGACUUCCCGCAUGAAUUCAAACCAGAGAGAUUUAUCGACGAAGCUGGCGCAUUGAAGAAUUCUGAGCACAUGUACCCUUUUGGAUUAGGUCGUCGACGCUGCCCUGGUGACUCUUUAGCGAAGUCCUUCAUAUUCAUAAUUUUCGUGGGAGUGAUGCAGAAAUAUAAAGUUGAAUGCAGUAAUGGUAUUAUACCUUCUGGCGAACCCGUCAUAGGUCUGAUUUCUGGGCCCAAAGAUUAUACAGCGGACUUUAUACCACGAAAUUAACAAAAAACGUAGUUUUGUUCACAUUGUUCUCGUUGAAAGAUUGUUGUGAUAGAUACCUAAUUAUAGAUUUAUAUAUUGCAAUUUA